CACACGACGUGACCGCUUGACAUCAACACUUUACCGACCACUGCUGCUCUGAGAAAAAUAUGCAGUUCACACAAUUGUCUAUACUAUGUUUCAGUGUCAUAGAGGAUUAGAGGGAAAAUGAUAACUUAGUAACUGUGCAGGAAGUAGUGUGUCUGUGUACGUUCGAGUCACUUUGGCCUUCCUUGCCAAUGGCGGUAUAAACAUCGUGGUAGUGGACUUCGUUCAAAUGAAUGACGCACUAGUGGUAAAAAGGGCAAGGUUACACAGAGAAUGGCAAUGCCAUCACAUCGUACACGUUUAAUGGACAUUGGCAAUAUCUGACCGUAGCUGUUGUCGUUGGCUCGCCGGUGAAACUGAGAGUUUCGUCGGGUAACUGUCAUCCCUCGCUUGCUGCUGCUGUUAAAAAUCAAAGAUGAAAAGCGAAAGCGAGGAAAGUCACAGGAAGUUAAUGGGGAUGGAGUUGGCUCCUCUUCACAUUCCGUUCCAUCGUCGUCUGGAGACCUUAGCCGUCAUUCAAUGGUGGUUCUGCUUCAUCUUAAUGGGAGUCUUGGUCGCCUUCUUAUCCAUAUACUUCCUCUUCUCCAAGUACUACCCCUUAGUUCUCUUGGCAUACCUCUGGGUCUACUACGACCGUGAUACACCUAGGAGAGGAGGGCGCCGGGUGCCGUGGAUGAGACGUUGGAAGAUUUGGACUCACAUGAGGAACUUCUUCCCCGUGCAUCUCGUCAAGACAGCAGACUUGGACCCGGCGAAGAACCAUCUUCUUGGGUUUCAUCCGCAUGGUAUAAUGAGCAUGGGAGCUUUUGUUAACUUUGGGACGGAAGCGACCGGAUUCAGUUUGAAGUAUCCGGGGAUUACUCCAUACAUCUUGACACUAGCGGGCUGGUUCAAACUGCCGCUUGCACGAGACUACAUUAUGAUGGCAGGUGCAUGUGAUGUGAGCAAGGAGAGUGUUGAUUGGUUGCUAGGGAAAUCCAGUCCUGGCAACGCCGUUGUCAUAGUAGUCGGCGGGGCAACGGAAUCUCUCGAGGCCCAGCCUCAUGAGUAUGUUGUUUAUUUAAGCAAGAGGAAGGGAUUCGUGAGAAAAGCUCUGCAACAUGGAGCAAGUCUUGUUCCAGUCUACUCCUUUGGUGAAACGGAUGUCUAUGAGCAAGUUCCGAACCCUGACGGGUCCUCCUUAAGACGUCUUCAGAACUGGCUGACUAAGAUGAUUGGCUUUGCUCCUCCGGUUUUCCAUGGCCGAGGCAUCUUUAAUUACUCAGUUGGAUUGUUACCUUACAGGAAACCAAUAUACGCAGUUGUUGGGAAACCAAUUCCUCUGGACAAGACGACAAACCCGACCCAAGAAGAGAUUGACGAAGCCCACAAGACUUACAUCGCAUCCUUGGUGGCACUGUUUGACGAACACAAAGCAAAGUAUGGGAUCGAAGACAAUGAGACGCUAAAGGUCAUAUAAAGAGGGAGUGUUGUAUAAGGUCAGUUCGGAAUUGGUGUUCCUACGGCUACAUCUGUUGCUAAGUGUGUUGUUAAAGACGUCCUAUACGUCCUAUACCUCAACACAUAGUAAUGCAGAAAUCUAGCUGUAGCCGCAAAUUCGGACCAGCCUUAGAGUGAAUUUAACCGUUAUGUGUGGGAGUAACCCACGAAAUUACAACAAUGGAGAAAGGUGACCUACAGGAACCCAGUAAGCCAAGAAUUUUGAUCGGCAGGGGGAAGGGGGUGUUGGAAAUCUCAGAACCUAGCACAGUCUGUAAGCAAGACUCAUGGAAGCAUAUGGCUCCACUAUAUCUGUACAUAAAUAGACCUUUAUCAAAGUGUAGCUAUCUUGAUCUGGUUUCGUGUAUAGCACAGUGCAAUUGACAGCACCUUUUUCUGUGAUGAGAAGGUACCAGACUAUUGCCGUCUCAGUCUCGUUUUGGUUACAUUGGGUUGGGUGUUAAGGCCUUGUCACACGAGGCAACUUUUGCAGUCAACUUUAGAGGCAACCAACUGCAGUGCAUGCUAUAAGACCUUGGUUGCCCACAAGUAAUUUUUUAACAGUGUCGUGCGAUCCACAAGAAAGAAUGGGUGAAAAUUGAAAGGUUUUUUUUCUUGGAGAUUGCCUUGAACUAGUUGCUUGUAAAUUGCCCUGUGUUACACGAGACAACUUUUGCAGGUAACUUAGUGGCAACCAACUUCUAGUGCAUGCUACCGAACCACUAUGGUAACACAUGGGUAAUUUUUCAAACAGCUUUUCUGAAGAUCCCCAAGAAAAUAGUUGAACAGUGAAAGGUGAAUAUAUGGCUUUUCUUCUUGGAGAUUUCCUGGAACCGGAAGCCUAUAAAAUUACUUGUGUGACAUGGCCCUUUAGAAUGCCUAGAUCAGUAUAAUUUUAUAUGAAAAAUCAUCUAGCAUACAAUGAAAUCAGGCACAUUUAAAGAGAAAAUCCUUCCUGUUGUUGAUUUCAUAAAAUUGGUAAUUCAAGACAAUAUUUUUGGUAGUAAAAAAAUCAACUGAUAGCCAACGAAAUACUUCAUUAGAGAGAACAAUUUAUUAAUGUUAUUACAGAAUCAUGAAAUAUAUAUUUUGUAUCUGUAAAUUGCAAUAAAAAAGUCAAUACUCUUUUUGUUAUAAAUGAAGAAAAGUCUACUGAGAAAUUUAUGAAGAAACGGAUAUUAUUUGUUAAAGUCCACAUUGUAUUUAAAACUUGUUUUGCUUUUGACUGACUGUAACUCCAGUGUUUGUAAA